GCAAAUAGAUGGCAGAAAGAUGUCCUGUUUAGGACAACCCUUGUGGCGACUAUAAUGCGUCAACUUUAAGUACUACUUUUAACCAUAUUUUAAAGCACAACUAUUUGAACCGAUCGAAAAGAUGUCCAAAAGUCAGCUAUUAUUGGCCCACGCUCAUUGGUCCAUAAAACGUCGACAUUAUGUUGUUCAUGUAGACAUGUCUUAAAGUCAUCUUUUUGUACAGUCAAAAAGUACUGUAAAAAAUAGACUGUUUUAUAAACAAAGCUACGGAUCCGAUCAUAUUCAUUCAGAUGUGCGUCUUUGCAAUAGUUUUUUUCUAUCAUAGAUUAUUAUCCGAAUUGUUGUUUAUCAAUUAUAAAACCAUUAUCUAUUAAAAGAAAAAACAACAGUAGUUCUAUCUGAGCUCAGGACAAACAUAAAAAUUCAAGUUGUCGUCGAAUGAUUAGGAUCAAACUCAAUGAAAUAUUAUUAAUACUGAGAGAUAAUCGAAAUAAUCUUGAUGUAGAAAGUCAUGCCAAGUUUGAGUUCCAGCAGUGUCAAACAGUUCGAGAUUUACAAAUACUAAACGAAAGUUUACUUGACUCGAAUGAUCGUCAAAAACAAUUUGAUACUAAAAUUGCUAAUUUAGGAGGUAAAAGUCUUCAGAAAUCCGUUGCACAUGCUAUGAUCACUGUUAUGACUGAUAAUGUUGGUGCAGAGGUAACAUGGGCAGGUCUCAAAAAAGAUACAGUGGCUAUUUCAAAGCUUAAAAUUGGAGAGCUUAUAAUAAGUGGUAUUAUGUUAAAUAAACCACAAGCAAGCGAAAAUAACGUUCAAGAGCAUAUGAAGGAUUGGAUACGUCGGUCAAGUCAACGUGUUGCAGCAGCAAAAAAACGACUUGAAAACAAGAACAAUCCCACCAAUUUAGUUCGUGAUUAAAACAAGUCAAACUACUAAGUCAAGGAUUCUAAGUCAAUUUUUUGGUUGUGAAUAAUCCAAAGUGAAAAAUUAAAAAUAAACGAUAAGAGAAAAAAAGUACUUCUUAAAAAAUAAAUUUAUUACUAA